AUGCCACCUCCAGUUCCAGUAUUUAAAAAUCCAUCUCCACCAUCAGCUCCUAUUUUCAAAAUCCACUUCCUCCACCAAUUCCAAUACUCAAGAAGCCACUACGCACCACCAGUUCCAUUUUUCAAAAAACCACUUUGUCCAUCAGUUCCAACAUCCAAAAAGCUAGUUCAUCCACCAGGCCCUACUUACAGUAGCCUACCUCCUCCAGUGGCACCACCAAUUUUUAAGAAGCUUCUCCUGCCACCGAUGCCAGUUUAUAACAAACCUCUUGCUCCAUCACCAUCACCAUUCCAAUCGCCAGCACCAUUGCCAAAUUAUAAAAAUCUCUUCCUCUACCAGUUCCAAUAUCCAAGAAACCACUUCCACCACCAAUUCCUACUACUAAAAACAAGAAGAAAAUAGACUUUUCCUGGCGUUUGUUAGCCGGCAUUUACAAAAGUGUAGGGAAAAAGAGAUAUUUCAUCUCGUUUUGCAGUAAGCGCUGAAAUAUUUGUGGACGUCACCGACGUUUGAUUUAAACGUCUGUAAGUAGCUUUUAAUUUUUUUUUCAAAAAAAUGUGUGGCUUUGUUCG